UGUAAAAUAUGGAUCACGGCAACACAACUGACCUACAUGAUGACCAUUCAGAUCGUCACGCGCGGCGAACGGGCGCGGGCGUUGUCAAGUGACGCGCGAGGGAAUUAAGUGGUGAAAAGUCCGUGGAUGCAUGUUGCGCCAGAGCGAAGCAGACACACGCGGACAUUCACACUCCACUCUCCAACUGGAACAGAAAGCACUGAGGAUGAGGUCGAAGAUACGAACUGAACAGUAUUUUUGAAACUUACUCUCUACAGACUAUUUCCGUUCAGUUCAACUGUAAUUUCUGUGAAAAUGUAGAGAUUGGUGCCUUUUUAGUUACAAAUCAGACUGAAUGACUUCUCUCACCAAGAAGAACGUCACCUUUCGAACAGGUGUCUUGCUAGAUGUGACAGAUUACUCAUCUGACUGGACAAGUGUUUGAGAAGAACUACAUUUGAAUUUGAAGAUCGGAUUUUAGGAAUCAUGGAUACGAAUUGACCAAGGUUUAUAGUCACCGAGAUGUACAAGCAACUACUUAUUUCAAGGUCAUUGGAUUUCUUCUAACGCUCUAAGCGAUCAUUCCGGGAGAAGUGUAUCAGAUCCAACUAUAGUACUAUCAAAUAAAGGCGCUUUUCCAGGUAGUCUCCUCCCCUGAAUCAUGAUGAAUCGUCUGUGAGCCUCAUUGUGCAGCAGGUAGCCGAGUGAAUGCAGCAAACACACACUUUCGCUCUUCAGUGAUGAAUGACAGCUCUCCAACAUCUGAGAACAUCAUGUUUCACCAGCUGACUGCAGAUGCUCUGAACGGUAGCUGUGACUAUACCUUGUUCAUGUGUAACAAUAACACAGGUGAAGCGGCAUUGCAGCUGCCCACCUUUUCCAUGGCAGCAAAAGUGAGGGUGAUAAUUACCUUCACUCUUUGCGCAGUGUCAGCUGUGUGCAACCUCUCUGUGUUGUGGGCUGCCAGCACCAACAACAAGCGCAAAUCCCACGUAAGAAUUUUAAUCAUAAACCUCACUGUUGCCGACCUGCUGGUGACUUUCAUCGUGAUGCCAGUGGAUGCGGCUUGGAACAUCACGGUUCAGUGGUUGGCGGGGGAUCUGGCUUGCAGAUUGCUAAUGUUUCUGAAGCUUGUGGCAAUGUACUCCUGCGCCUUUGUGACCGUGGUCAUAAGCCUGGACAGGCAGUCGGCCAUUCUCAACCCUCUGGCCAUCAAUAAGGCUAAGAAGAAGAACAAAAUAAUGCUGAGCGUGGCCUGGGUGAUGAGUGUUGUUCUCUCUGUCCCUCAGAUGUUCUUGUUUCACAAUGUGACUAUCACGGUGCCAGCCAAUUUCACUCAGUGCACCACUCGAGGGAGCUUUGUCAAACACUGGCAGGAGACCAUCUACAAUAUGUUUACUUUCAUUUGCCUCUUCCUUAUACCUCUGGCCAUCAUGAUCUGCUGCUACACAAGGAUUUUGGUGGAGAUCUCUCGAAGGAUGACCAAAGGAAACAUAUCUUCAAAAGAGGUCCACUUACGGCGUUUCAACAGCAACAUCCCGAAGGCCCGUAUGAGGACUUUGAAGAUGAGCAUAGUCAUAGUAACAUCUUUCAUAGUUUGUUGGACACCAUACUACUUGCUGGGUCUCUGGUACUGGUUCCUUCCUGAGGAUUUAGAAGAGACUGUUUCUCACUCACUGACUCACAUACUGUUUAUUUUUGGACUCUUCAAUGCAAUUCUGGAUCCCAUCACUUAUGGCCUCUUCACAAUCCAUUUCCGAAAAGGACUGAAGCGCUACUGUCACAACGCGGUCGUAUUCACAGAGUCAGAGAAUAAUUCCAUCAUGACUGGCUCAUUGAAAUGCUCACCAUCCCCGUUUCGCAUGAAAAGAGUGACCCAGACGAGUCCAGGACUGACCUGGAGCAGAAUAGUGGGUGGGGAAGAUAAGCCAGCUGACAGUGAAACAAGGAAUAGUGGCAACCCUACCAAUCCAGCCUUGAAAGUGUCAUUUGAUUAAUGAUAUGGAUGUGACAAGGUAGGCCUUGUACUGGCUGUCUAGUUGCUCACAAGAACAGUGAGACAACAACAAACUCCUGCCUGUUCUCCUCAAAAGCAUUAGACAGAUUCAAAUUGAGCCCAAGUGUGUUGCAUCGUUUAAUUCAUUCACUGAUGAGCUGCCUCAAUUACUCAGUUAUAUUUAAUACCCAUCUAUUUUCCUGAUACAGGCAAUUAAGUUUUGUAAUCAUUUGCUUUUUACUAAAUAUGCCAAUCACUUGUUUUUUUUUCUUGUUUUUUUUUCUCCUGCAGAGUAAUUAAGAUCAUUUUGUACUUGUGGCUUUUGUUGUAAAUGUCAUUUACAUCAAGGUUUUUUUUUCACAUCUCAUACAAAUCCCAGUAGAUCAAAAUCUCCACCUGCUCUACAUCACAAAGGGCAACACUCUUGAAUUAUUGGAGAAAUUAGUUUCAUCUACAAACAAAUAAGAAGUGUGGAUUUAGCGUUUUGAGAUAUGACAAAUGCAAAUUCAUGUACACUGGUUAUUUAAUAAUUUUUAUGGUGUUAAUUGGAAAUGUUCAGCCGUACCUUUGAGAUGGAAUUCUUUAAUGUGUAGACUUUUUAUUGGAUGGAUUCAGAAACACUAACCAGUCCCAAGAGAUCUUGCAUUUGAAGUCUGUGCUUGCAUAAAUGGCAGCCUGAUAACUUAAGAAUCCAUAUUUAUGGCAUUUACACAUACAUUUUUGUAUGUAGGCUGAAAUGUACAAUAUGGAUGUAUUAACAGCAUCUAAAAUGUGAAUGUGUUUAGAUAUGCGCAGCAUUUUAAUUGUAAAAAUAUUUAUGAAUAAAUUUACAUUUACAGUAAUUAUAAUUAUUAUAAUAAUUUAUUAUAAUAAUUUUGAAGCCCACCCCUACCGAAAACCAAACCACUCAUCAACAAUAUAAAAUGUAAUAGAUAGAUGCACAGUGACAAUAAUUUUUGUCUCAAUGUACUGUUGUACACACUAAAGUUUAAUAUUUAUAUAAGUAAAAAUUAGAGAGAGAAAAAAUGAGAAACCAUAAUAAUAAUAACAAUGUGUAUAUUGUUAUUCAUCCUAGAAAAUAUUUCAAAAUUACAAUACAGCACCAGAACUCACACUGAAAAUAAUAUAGAUAGAAAUACAAAUAAAAUAAACCAGUUAAUUCAAUAUCUGAUAAAUCUAAAAUGACUUAGCACCUCUCUGUUCAUACAUAGAAUGCUUUCAUUUUACAUGCUGUCAAUAAUGUACGUUUGAGGGUCUAUUUAAACAUACAUAAAUAUACUGUAUGUGUGCUAGAACCACACUUUAUAAAUACCAACAAAUUUUUUAAGUAACUUUGGACUGAGGCCAACAGAUACCGUCAUGUCCCUUGCAAUUGCAAGAAGGAGAACUAUUUAGCUUUAAAAUAAUAUUUGAUUGAUGCACGAGUAGCUCAUGAAUGUGUUUACAUCAUACUUCUCAGGGAAGGUGCUUCUUUUGUCACAGGGUAUUGAAGUCCAACUGGAGACUUACAAACUGUAAAGCUUUCCUCAUUUUAUUGUCAGGUGAAUAUUAUCAUCUCUGUUGAUGUGACGUUAUGUGCUCUGACAGUGCUUGAAACAUGCCUAUAAUCAAAAGCACCAUGAUCAUUGCUGUAUGUUCGAGAGUGUAUUUUUGAGAGAGUCAUGUGACAUCCACUAGUUGUGCUUCUUGUGCUUGCCGUUUUACUACAGGGUGUACUUGGGCCUUAAUGACCUAGAUUUUCAACUUCAGUAAAUGUAAUAGCCCUGAGAGAAAGCUUACCGAGGAGGAAAAUGAAAGGGGAGUGAGUCUUUUCUGUCAGUCCGUCAUGGGUGAAGAGAAUAUAUAUCUACAGUAUACACAUGCAUAUGUACAUACAUAGUACCUAUCCAUUAAGUGAACCACAGCUGCACUUUAACAUUCUCAGAAGGAAACGUUAUGCAUUGAGGCUACAGCAGUGCCUGAUGGUUUUGCAGUAGGGUUUAAAAUGUAUUUAGGUAUUGUUUGCCUAAUUUUCUCAUUGUCACUAUACCCAUUAUACUGUAUAUAUAUAU